GCUCAGCGAUGGCCGUGUGACAUCCGGUUCGACUUGGUACUCUAAUUUCCGCGAGAAAAAGGUUAAACAUCCUAAGUGCAUUCGCCAAUUGUAUCGAAAACUCAUGAACGGGCGAGAAAUAACCGCAGUGGAGUAUCCUGUGGUUAGAGGGUUGCAGUCCGACUGAUUUGAAGGUGUCUAAAUUAAUUGAGCGAGGGCUUAGCAGGGGCGAUACGCGAAUGUGCGUAUCACAUUGAUGUGGCUUGGGCUGGAUCAACGUGUGCUAACGGUUGAAUUUUUUCAUAGUGCUAAUUGGAACUAAUGAAUUGUAUAGUAAUUAUAUCGGAGCCCGUUGGAUUGGAUGACACAUGUUUUUUUAGAGAGAAUGAUUGUAACGUUAUCGGAUAAGUAAAUUUUGAAGUACAGUAAUGGUUUGCAGAAGUGAAGUUUCUACCUAUAGAUAAAUUUGAAAACUUGAAUGAGAAAAGGCACUUUUGACCCAUUAAAAAAUGCCAAUACGAUCUUUAAGUCACAGGGUCCAAUUAUGGGUUGUACUUCUGACAAUAUGUUUUGCCUACGCGAAUGCAGACAUUUUAGUAUUCUCGGCAGCAGCCAGACAUAUGGUAGAGGAAGAAUUCCGAGAUGUACCGGCACGAUUCGGUGGCUUAAUACCAUCAGUAGGAAUUAAGGGAAUGGUUGUGUACAGCGAUCCACCUUUAGGAUGUCAAGAAAUAAAACCACCACCAAAUGUUUCCAAUUUCGAAGGGAAUUGGAUAGUACUGAUCGCCCGUUUUAACUGCAGUUUUGCAAUAAAGGUUCGAAUGGCACAACAAGCAGGUUAUGAUGCAGCAAUAGUGCACAAUGUUAACAGUAACGAAUUAGUACCUAUGUCAGCCGAGGAUCCUGUAGGGAUUACUAUACCAUCGGUGUUUGUUAGCGAAAUCACAGGAUUGAUUAUUAAAGAAAAUUAUUUGUACGACCAAUUGUACUUUGUUUUGAUCAAUGAUGAUCUACCAUUCAAUAUCAAUACUCAUUUGCUCUUGCCAUUUGCCAUUGUUGUUGGUAUAUGUUUCCUCGUCAUGGUGGUAUUCAUGGUCGUAAGAUGUAUUAAAGACAGGAGGAGGCAACGCCGUCACAGACUACCGAACUCCAGUUUAAAGAAAAUUCCUACGCACAAGUACUCCAAAGGUGAUCCCUACGAGACAUGUGCUAUCUGUUUGGACGAUUACAUAGAGGGGGAAAAACUAAGAGUGCUACCUUGUGCGCAUGCAUACCACUCGAAGUGCAUAGACCCAUGGCUGACUAAAAAUAGACGCGUUUGUCCCGUUUGCAAGAGGAAGGUUUUUGCGGCUGAUGAGCGAGUUAUUACGGACAGUGAAAGUGACUCUGACAUUGACGAUUCUACGCCACUGAUUCGCGAUGGGCACCCAGGAACGCAGGGAGGUACGUUUACUCCACAGAGAGAGAAUCCGUUCACCCGGGCGAGGAGAUCGAGAGACAGACAACCGUCCAAUAUUUCUAACAGUAGUUCAGAGUCGCAAACGAGUUUGUUUAAUUUUGACGAAGAAGAAAACGCGAACGACGGAGAGCCACCCGGAACCGCUGCUUUCGUGGUAUCGGACAGUCACAGCAUUAACGGUGAACCACCCGAACUGGAGCGUUCUACGAGCAGUACCAUGCCACACACAGUGACAUUGCGUCCAGACCUUCAAGAGCUGCCAGCUCCAGUAAUUCAGAUCACGCCGAUGAGAAAUUCCCCAUCCUCUCGUUCGAUGACACCGAAUUCCUUCCAUUCGAUUACAUCUCAGAGUAACUCGUUAUCAGUAUACAGUACCAAUAUUCCACCUAACCACGAAUCUAAUGACUUUGUAGCGUAGUCGUCUCGAAGGAUCAUUACCGAAUUCUCUGACACUUCAAUUGGGCCAUUCGAGGGUUUGCCAAAGCAAAUGUUCGGUGUGAAUGUACACGGGACCGUAGGAGUAGACGGCGAUAUGUACGAGUAACGACACUCGGUACAUUGAUCGAGUGAAUUCGUAUUCUUUUGACCGACGAUUGUUCAUUACGACUGUGAUGACGAGCACCGCAGCUACUCUGCUGGUAGAAGGAAGGAAGCUGGAAAGCGCUUCGAAACGAAUCGCGUGCGAUUCUCCUGCCCUGGGAUGUGAGACCGUCUCGGUCGCGGUACUCCUGGAGAGAACCGGGCAAAGGAUUAUUUUCUACAAUCGAUUAAGAAGGGCUUACUCGAAGGAACUUUCUUUAUUCGCGAAAGGAAUUGAACGCGAGAGCGAUAACGAUUAAACGUAGACUCGCGAGCGAUUGGCAAUCGUUCCUUCGAGUAAUCUGCGUUCUUCCCUUCUCACUCGACGGCUUGGUCUCGUUUCGCUGAUGGUCAUUUUUUUCGCAGGAAGGCAGAGUGCAUGUAACUCGUCGGCAGCCGGGAUAAUUCUUCGUUUUCCACACGGUUCUUUGGUCUGCGUGUAGUUAUCGCUUAAGACUUGGAAGACUUUUUGAUACGGCCGAUUAAACGAGUGGUAAACGCCAAAGCGUCGUUGCGUUGAAAUGGCGUCGCCGUCUGUACAGAUUUUCUGACGAUUCUCCCCAAUCUCGGCUCCCUUGUGUGGGACUUGUACACCAUUCAACGUUAUCCGAAAAUGUUUAACACUAUCAGCUGUGUACGUAUAUUGUCCGCGACUGCUCGCAGCCGCGUUAUCGGCCCCGGGUGUUUCUCCGUGGCAUUGUGUGAAACGAUACGCAGUUCCCAAGCUUCGGAGUUACAUACGGCGUACACAGUUUCCACCGAUUGCGCGACGGUCACGUUUCUUUGGGAGGGAUUUGAUAGUUUAUUUAAAUCGACCGGACCUCUAAUGGUACUCUAAGAUCCAUCGGAGGUUCCAUUAAUGACGUAAGGGCCAGAUAAUGCUCUCCGCUUUCUGCCAGUUUCGAGGUGACCUCGUUCCCGACUAGGUCGACUCCCGGGGUCAUCAGUCCAUCGUUUGCGAUCGAUCCUCGCGUAGGAUUCGUAGGUUUUACUCAAUCAAUUUUUUUACGCUUCGGAAUCUAACCACGUGGGUGGAGUGGACUCGGUCGCGAGGUUUUUCUUUUUCUUUUUUUUUCUUUUUCUUGACGGAAUCGCGAAACGACAUUGGCCUCGAUUGCAAAUUCAAUUGACCGCGACGGGGUCGGAGAAUCUGUAAAUAUUACUCGUUACUAUCACUCGGAGAACCGAACGCGAUAAUUCCUUUCGAUGCAGGACGUAGAGUUAGGGAUUAAUUGAAGUCUCCUAGGAUUAAGCGAAGAGUCUCCUGCCCGAGACGUUUGUUUGACCGAGUUGAGUCUCUGUAGAUGUAAGGCUCUCAUUAAAGGUUAUUACGUUUACAUAUUGUCUCCAGCGCAUAAACUCUACUAACAUACCCGGUUUUGUUAAAGGGUGCGGUUGAUAAGCUCUAAGGUCCAACCGAUGCGAGUUUUAGUUACGUACCUCGAAAUAUUAGCUCGAGGGACAAAUUCCCACCGUUUUUAACGUAACGUCUGCGUACGUAUUACAACGUAUUAAAACAAUGGGAAUUUGUUCCUCGACCUGACAGAUGAUCACCUGUUACCCUGCACCUUUGCGUACCUCAAUUUUGCGAGGGCCGUUCUUCUCGAUGACUUUCGAUGAAAACUGUCGCGAUAAGGCUGUGCUCCUUUGUAAUUUUUUUUUUUACUUAAGCAUCUGAGAUUUGUCUCUUUAAUCGGUAAUAGAGUAUCGGUAUUUCUGACAAUAGAUAACGAGAGGUAAGUGGUCCCGGAGAAAUCUUAGGUGACGAGUUACGAAGCGAAUUGGCUGUGACGGAAUUUCUUUCGGAGAGUUCCUUUUCUAUUCAUUUGAUACGUUGAUCUACCGGGAUUGCGGUCCCCGAAAGAAUUUCCGUCCUUCGAUAUUUAUCGGUACAUCCGUUUCUAGUUAGUGCUGCGAUGGAUGGAAAAAUCAUAUUCUUGUAAUUGGAAUUUAUUUCGCGACGGAAGAGGAGUGACUUCCGAUAUUUCCUCUCAACGGGUAGCCAUUGUUACGGGCAAAUUAAUCCCGAUACAAUGGCCAAAAUGAAAUCGGACCUUGGUAGUGUGUUGAAUAUAUCGAUUAUUUCUGUAAACUGUUAUAAGAUUUGUUUCAGAGUAUAAUGAUCCAGUAAAGAUUAUUUAUACAGUCCCAUUUAAGGCUUUAAUACACCGGACGAUGAAUCUCCAGUCUCUCUAGGUGUUAAAAAGAAAAACGAAAAGAAAGGUUGCUAGGCCUGAGUGUCAACUACAUACGAAAACCUGGAUUUUCCACCUCGCCUGAUUUUUGCCACCCGAAGUGUAUUCUGCUGUAGGACUUUUUUACUAAAGAUCGUCAUCACGCGAGAGAGGGAUCUCUGGCAAUAGUCGGGACUUGCAGUUAAAAGACGAUCAAUUUGUAAGCAGAGUUGUAAAAAGCUAUGUAAAUAGUCGACGCGGCAGAACCCGUUUGCGAAUUGUACAUGUACCAAAACUAAUAUUUAUCCUCCAAUUACGGACGUUCCGUUCCCAAUCAUCUUAUUACCGCUCUAUCGCUAUAAUUGUCUAGCAUUUAUUUUAGAUAGUAUACGUCCCGAAUAAAAAUAAACUGUA